AUGCGCCUACCCAGCCGGAGUAUGUUCAAAGAUUACAUCGAGUCAAACGGCGGAACUGUCACAAAGCUAGAUACCCAGGCCCAUUAUGUUAUUGCCGACCACGCGCGAAAGGAUAGUCCGGUGGGCUCGAUAUCGUGGAAGUGGAUUGAAGAUUCCGUCAAGAAGGGCAGUCUAGAGGACUUUGAUAAAUACCCCGCGGGACCGGCAAAACAAGAAGUCCGACCUGCUGCAUCCGGGCAGCCCACUCGCAAAGGGAGAACUAAAUACACGGCUGAGGAUGAUAGGAUCCUUAUGGAAUGGUGUAUACGGGCUGAACGUCGUGGUGUCUUGCUGGGAGGAAACCCAAUAUGGCAUGACCUUGAGAAGAAGUCAUGGAAAGACCACUGGGCAAAGAUAGUUUCUAAGCGCCCAAGACCAGAGAUUCCUGAAGACGAUGAAGACGAAGAAGAAGAGGUGGAGGAGGAGGAGGAGGAGGAGGAAGAACGUCAACCGCUGACUGCAUCUCCCCGACCAAUGAAGCCUCAGAAUCAGCGACCAGUUCAACGUCCAGCCCCGCGUCCUUCUCUACGUCCAGCUCCAGCUUCAACAGCCCCGGCAAAUGCCCGAAAAACAAACACUUCUAGGUUACCAGCCAUUGUUGCGGCAGCCAGCCCUGUCGACAGUGAGAGGUCACAUACUUCAAGUGUCUCUAAGUCGCUCGAAGCCAGACCGUAUUUGAUGAAGUCUGACGGGGGUGAUGUUUUUACUGAGGAAGAGACGGCUCGUCUUUCCGAUGCUUACGAGGCGAUCCUGAACCUGAGUGAGGAUAAAGUCAUUGAUGCCUGGAUAGCCUGGUCUGUGGAGAACCCAAACCAUACCCCGCAAGAAUGGCGCAACUAUUUUCAAGAGCAUGUCGUUCGCGAGAAAGAGGCUGCGAUCAGAAGAAGUGAAAAUAAACCGGUGGAUGAUUCGAACCCUUCUGAGGCUAGUCGCCCUGAAAAUAUAUUGCAACCAAAGACAAAAGCUGCCAAAGCCAUCCACCCAGAGGUCAUCUUGCCAGUAAGACCAAGCAUUCCGGAACAACUACUACCGAGCAACUUGACGUCUCAAGAAAGAGGAGCUACAGAACUACAAGAUUCCCAGGGCUCUUCUGGGCAAACGGUCGCAUUUCCUACCGCCAAAAAUAAUUCCAGCCCAUACCAGAUGACACUGGAGGAAUUCGAAGAAAAGUUAAAAACUCUUGCAGACAAGUUGGAAGUUCAAGUCAAUUUUUUGCCUACUAUAUGUGGUCGCCAAAUAUCCCUUUUCAAACUAUGGCAGAUAGUCACCUCAGACGAGCUUGGUGGCUACGAUACUGUUACUGGCCUGCAAAACUGGUGGGAGGUUGCGAACAAGCUCGGUUUCUUCCGUUCUGACAACCACAUGGCAGCUAGUAAUCUCAAGGAUUGCUAUGGAGAUAUUUUGGUGGACUUCGAAAACAUCAUGAGAGAUUAUGGCAACCAAGAAUUCUCAAGUUCGCAGGAUGAUGAACUGAUUGAUCAACAACUUCGUGGAACUUUCCCACAGAUCAAUGAGAGCGAUCGAGAAGAAGACGUGCUAAAGGAGCACGGUGAUCAUGCUGAACUGUCAGAGGACGAAGGGCGGGAUGAAGAACUCCAGGAAGAAUAUGAACACGACGAUGAUCUGGAAUAUCCACAGAGCUCGCCUCCUCGCCCAAAAAUCCCGCCCUCUUCUAAUUGCAAACGAAGAUUCGAAUCUGACCCGCAAAGUCAACGUCUCCGGCACAACAAGCGUCAGCGCAUCGACAAAGGCAAAGAGCAGGAGAUCCCGUCCACUCCCGAGGAUGUCAUUAACAACAACCAGACAGGUCACACUUCUCACCAACCUUCGCCACUCAAGGUCGUUGACGUUCCCUCUGAUUCAGACGAUUCAUCGAUUGAAAAUGUCCAGCCUAUCAGGCUUCCGCGACAGAAGCCACCACAGCAGGCUUCUGCUCUUGAACCCGAGACCCAGGACUUUCAUUUUUCGCAGUCGCCUCCACUUUUUCUGCCAGGUCUACAAGAGGUGUUGGUCGACGAAGAGGAGGAGGAAGGCAACAACGAUGCCGAUGUCAUACCACGGUACGUACAACGACCAGCGUCGUUUGAAGACAGCGAUGAAGACGAGGAAAUCAUACUCGUCCGAGAGAGCUCGCCACUAGCUCCCAGAAGGUCGCCCGAGAGGAGAACUAUCAGCACGACCACAACACGGGGCACCUACCACUCUUCAAGCAACAACUAUGAAUCAUCCACCCAAUCCCAAAACGAGUCUCAAAUCGCUGCUGAGUUUGUCUCCUUCAUCGAUGAACAAGUCUCAAACGGCUAUGCAUACGAGCACGUCCUCGAAGCACUAACCGUAACGUGCUUUGGUUUAAAGGAGGCUUUGGUUGCUAUGGAGAGCCUUGCAAACGACGAUGGUAUUCCGGAAAAUACUCCAGGUAUAUGGACGAAGUGGGACGAUGAGGCACUGGGCAAGGCGAAGUCCUCGGCGGACUGGCAGCGUAUUGUGAGGAAGCAUGGAAUCAGCAGGAUUGUGAAGCGGAAAAAACACCUUCAUGAUAUAGAGAGGGCGGAUAAGGAGGGCUGA